CGUCUGCAUAUAGAUAUGAUGAGACGGACGAAGAGUCCCAACUACCAAUGAUACCUGCCAUGCCGAUAGGAUUUCAGUUUGCUGAGAAACUUCUAGAGAUGAUGGAUGGGGAAGAUGCACCAAGUGGUUGGACUGGACGACUCUUGAACCAGACCUCGUACAAAAUUGGUCCUGGCUUUACCGACUCUUCAUUAAUAUUAGAACUGAGUGUACACACAAGAAAUGAACGGAGAAUUUCUUAUAAUGCUUUUGGAAUGAUACGAGGAGAGGUAGAACCAGAUCGUUACGUAAUGCUUGGUAACCAUAGGGACUCCUGGGUUUUAGGAGCCAUCGACCCUUCAAGUGGGACAGCUACAAUGAUGGAGUUAUCACGUGUACUAGGACAACUUGUCAAGGAGGGUAAAUGGAGGCCCCGUCGUUCUAUUAUAUUUUGUAGCUGGGGAGCAGAAGAAUUCGGACUAAUUGGUUCAACAGAAUGGAUAGAGGAAAACAGCAAUGUGCUAGAUUUUCGAUCUGUUGCGUACAUUAAUAUGGACAUUGCAGUUACUGGAAAUUAUUCUAUUCGUGGUCUUGGGAGUCCUCCAGUUUUCUCCGCCAUGUAUCGAGCAGCACAGAAGGUUCCAAAUCCAAACACGAGCGAUACCGAGCACCCAACGGUUUACGACACAUGGAAGGCGAGAAGAACGCUAAAUAACCCGGAGGAUGGUUCCAGUCUAAAUAUUCCAAAGAUCAGCUCUCCGGGCGCUGGUAGUGACUAUGGUACGUUUCAGAUACGAGCCGGUAUACCAUGUGCAGACUUUCGAUAUGAUCAAGACUAUGCAGGGGUGGGAAUCCUGUUUUACCCUCUUUACCAUACGAGUUACGAGACUUUCUACGCCGUAGAUGAACUGAUUGAUCCGGGAUUUGUUUUACACUCUACAAUAGGGAAGAUGUCUGGAGAACUUCUCAGAGACCUUGCCGACGCCAAGAUUAUACCUUUUAAUAUGUCCGACUACGGACUGUUUCUAGAGCAUUAUACAUAUGCCAUGGAGAAAAAUGCGUCCCAGGAGAUUUCAGAUUAUAAUAUAAAUAUAACUGAGCUCCAUCGAGUGAUCGACUUGUACAAAGAGGAAGCGGUCAAUUUUCACAAAAUUGUUGACAGUGUUAAUACUAACAACCCCGUCGAGGUAAGGCGGAUUAAUGACCAGAUGAUCCAACUUGAGAGAACGUUUCUUGAUCCAGCAAGUCUGCCAGGUCGGACACAACUUUACAGACAUUUGAUUCACUCCACGCCGCAAAACAGCGCAAUUCCCGAGGCAAGUUUUCCGGGGAUGCAAGACGCUAUAUACAAGCUACGUCAAGAACCUGACAACCCUGAUUUUAUACGGGAACUUCAGCACCAUUUCUCCGUGCUUGUCUUCACAAUCCAGGCAGCUGCUUAUAGUCUUAAAGAUUCAACCGAGUUCUUCCGAAACUCCAUGUAAAGAAACUUUUUCCGGGAUUGUUGGAAAAAAAACUUUCUUGACUUAGCUCGGCCCAUUAUACAUAUUGGGGUGUGCAUGUGGCUUGCAGUAUACCUUAAGUGAAACGUAUUUUCUCUUUUUUUUAUUUUCAACCAAAAUGUAUUUAGAAGUUUCAUUUUAAUUUUAAUCAUUUGUAGAUAUACUGUUAAUGACAUUAAAAAAAUGUAAGAAUGGCAUUUUCGGU